CUCGGAUUGACUGCCGUUACUCCAUUAACAGUCAUCUCCAAGGAUAGUAGAUUGUGAGCAAGAUGGAUCAUGGUCUUUAAUCAUCUAUCAAAUUCCUGUCUUCUCAUACUAAAAAGCAUAUCAAACAAAAUAAACCACUCUGCACCUUGAGCCAUCACAGAACAGAGAAAAAUGAAAUAAUCCACAUAUGAUCCAUCUUGAAAAGUUUACAGAUCAAUUUGAUAACAGAAAAUGAACUCUGGAAGGAGGCCAAACAGAGGAGGAGGAAGAUUCAAUAAGCCCCGUGGUGGUUCAGGAGGAGGAAGUAGAAAAGGCUCAGGCAAAGCCUGGGAUGAUGGGGAAGAUUUCAGUUUCAGCCAAAGGCCAGCUCGCCCGACCAAGCCUCACGGUAGGGGUAGAGCUGGAGCGAGAGGUAGGGGGAGAGCUGGAGGCGGAGGCAGAGCCAGAGCCAGAACAGGAAGCAGGGCUAGUGCCCCAAAUCGAAAAUGCCCUGAAGAAGAGGUGAAGGAGCGUGGAGAAUUCAAUUUAUUUGGUAAUCUGGUCAGAUCACAAAGGUCAAACCAGUAUAGCCAAAGGGGAGGCAUGUUCAAAGCCAAAUCUGAACCCCGCGUACCUUUGCAGACAAUAAACAUGACUGUUGAAAACCAGAAAGAAGUUAAGCAGCUUCUCCAAGAGCUGCAAAUUCAAGAAAAGGAAGCUGCUGAUGAAAACGAGGAGUCUGAAGAGGAAUGUGACCUGAAGGAAGAAUUAGAUGACCUGGAUUACAGAUAUGACGAUCAAUACUGGUCCACAAAGGAAGAGGGUUUGGCAGUAGCUGAAAACACUUUGCCAGUGUAUCUUCCUGUUGAUCAACAGACCGAGUUGAAGCAGCCUGAGUUCUCUCCAUUUGCAGUUUGGAAGCUAACUAGGUAUGGUUUCCAUGCAGAACAUUGCCUGUCAGCACUCAAAAUGUUUGAUGGGGAUGCAGGAUUAUCCUUGGAAUAUCUGUUGCUCCAGUGCUUCAAGGAAAAAUUUGGAGAUGGCAUCAAGGCCCCUCCCAAAUAUGGUAACAUCAGCCUAGAGGAGUGUGCAGAGCGGAGGCAAGAAGAAGCACUUGUUCUCAGUUCCAUAUACGAAGGCAAAUUCUCUGAAAAGAUUCAGAACCAAGUUUGGACAAUUGAAUUGCCACUCAAGUUUCUGACGCAGAAACUUGAUAAAUCAAAAAGGUGUGAGACUGAAGAGUCUGAAUUGAAGGCAAUGAAAGGCAUUUGUCAACAUUACCUCAAGGGUAGAUGCUGCUUUGGAUCAAGGUGUAAGUUCAGGCAUGAGCUUCCUGGGAACGAAGAAAGGAAAGACGACAGUCAUUUGCGUUGUGACAUCAGUGCAAUCCUGUACAUGCUUGAAAUCCGUUUUCCAUCUUGCAAUAAAUAUCCAUACCAGGCUCCACUGUUAGCCUUUUCUACUACCAAUGACAAUCUUCCACAAGCUUGCCGUUUGCAUAUAGCUGAAUAUCUCUAUGGAGAAGCCUUGUUAGCAACAGAAACAUCUGAACCAGUAGUCCACACUUUGAUCAUGUGCCUGGAAGAUGAAGCAAAAAUGAGCAAACUGCUCCUUGAAACCUCCCAUAAAUACAGCAUGCCUCCUGUUACACUUUCUGUUUUGACCAAACAGGCUAACGGUGAACAAGAUCAUAAAAUGCCUGGCAACCAUCUGCUUGAUCAGCAAAUAACAGUUGCAGAGAAGUACGAUUCCAGGAAGGAGGAAGAAGAUGACAAAUUGGAGGAGGCGGAAACUGAGGCUGUGGUUGUGGAAACAGAGAGUUACGUACAUCUGAAGAAGAGGCAGUUGAAAAAGUAUAACCGGAGCAUGGAAAAUACAUACAGGGAAAACCAAAGACUUUGUAAACAAUUUAAAGCCAAACAGUCUUCCAAACGUUACCAGUUGAUGUUGCAAGAGAGAAAGAAACUCCCAGCCUUUGAUGCAAGAGACAAUAUCUUGGAUAUGCUGAGUAAGGCCCAGGUGCUGGUGGUGAGUGGCAUGACAGGGUGUGGAAAGACAACCCAAAUUCCUCAGUUUAUCUUGGAUGACUCCCUCAAUGGUCUUCCAGGAGAAGUUGCAAACAUCAUCUGUACUCAACCUCGAAGAAUCUCUGCCAUUUCUGUGGCCGAGCGUGUAGCUAAAGAGCGGACCGAGAGGCUGGGAGAAAGUGUAGGAUACCAGAUUAGACUUGAAAGUGUGAAGUCCUCCUCGACCAGGUUGCUUUACUGUACUGCAGGAGUGCUACUCAGGCGCCUAGAGGCAGAUCCAGAUCUUCAAGGCGUGUCUCACGUUAUUGUGGAUGAAGUUCAUGAAAGAACGGAGGAAAGUGAUUUCUUACUGUUGGUGUUGAAGGAUCUAAUACUGUCUCGACAUGAUAUACGUAUCAUCUUAAUGAGCGCAACUUUGAAUGCACAGCUGUUCACAGAGUACUUCAAUAUGUGCCCAUGUCUUCAUAUCCCAGGGCAUACUUUCCCAGUGGAUCAAUAUUUCUUGGAAGAUGCACUUGCACGGACAAGGUACGUUUUAGAAGAUAGAAGCCCUUACGCACGACCUGCAAAGCUGAACCAAUAUGAUGAGUCUUUGCUGGCUAAAGGUAAAAAUAACUUGAAUCCAAUGCAAGUUUUUGAGGAGCAGCUAAGAUUUUUGCAACUACAGAAUCAGCCGUCGGUCAAAGACAGCAUUCCUGACCAGCAACUGAAUGUUAAUCAACUGAUGGUUCGAUACAAAGAUGUUAGUAAGUCUAUAUUAAAGACAAUGGCUGGCAUGGAUCUGGAUAAGAUCAACUUGGAUUUAAUUGAAGCUCUACUGGAAUGGAUAGUGGAUGGAAAACAUAAUUAUCCUCCAGGAGCUGUUUUAAUAUUCUUGCCUGGCCUGGCAGAUAUCAAGUUGUUAUAUGAACAGCUUCAGUCUAACCCUUUCUUCAACAACAAGCAUGAGAAAAGGUGUCUUAUAUACCCACUCCAUUCCUCACUGUCCAGUGAGGAACAACAAGCAGUCUUCCUCCGUCCCCCUGAGGGAACUACCAAGAUCAUAAUCUCCACAAACAUUGCUGAAACUUCAGUCACCAUUGAUGAUAUUGUUUAUGUCAUUGAUUCUGGCAAGAUGAAAGAAAAGAGGUAUGACCCAUGCAAAGGGAUGGAAAGUCUAGAGGACACCUGGGUGUCACGAGCCAAUGCCCAGCAGAGGAAGGGUCGAGCUGGGCGAGUUGCCUCGGGCGUCUGCUUCCACCUCUUCACCAGUCACUAUUACCGUCACCACCUCCAGGAGUUGCAGUUGCCCGAGAUCAAGAGGGUGCCUCUGGAACAGCUUUGUCUAAGGAUCAAACUUUUGGACAUUUUUGCAGACCUUGACUUGGAGUCUGUUCUGUCACGCUUGAUUGAAGUACCCACAGAAGAAAGUUUGAAAGCAGCUAAGAGUCGGUUGCAAGAUCUGGGGGCCCUCACACCAGAUGAAACGCUCACUCCCCUGGGCUAUCACUUGGCCUUUUUGCCCGUUGAUGUCCGCAUUGGAAAACUAAUGUUAUUUGGUGCUAUCUUCCGCUGCCUUGACCCUGCUCUGACCAUUGCAGCUAGCUUAGCCUUCAAAUCCCCUUUUGUUGCACCAUGGGAUAAAAGAGAAGAAGCAAAUGCAAAGAAGCUGGAAUUUGCUGUGGCUCACAGUGACUAUCUCACUAUCUUCCAGGCUUAUAAGGGAUGGAGUGCUGCCUUAAAGGAGAGUUCUCGAACAGCAUACAACUACUGCAGGCAAAACUUCUUGUCUGGAAGAACACUGCAGGAGAUCUCCAGCAUGAAGAGACAAUUUGCAGAGCUGCUGUCGGAUAUUGGUUUUGUGAAAGGGGGACUGAGAGCCAAAUACAUUGAGAAGAUGUCUUCACAGGGAGGAGAUGGGAUUGUUGAAGCGACUGGUCAAGAGGCCAACUCCAAUGCAGGCAAUAUGAAAUUAGUUUCAGCAAUAUUGUGUGCAGCCCUCUACCCCAAUGUAGUACAGGUGACUGCUCCCCAGAGUAAGUACACACCGACCAUGUCAGGUGCAGUGAAGUUGCCACCAAAACCAGAGGAGCUGCACUUCGUCACAAAGAAUGAUGGAAAUGUCCACAUACACCCUUCCUCAGUGAACUAUCAGGUCCGUCACUUUGAAAGUCCGUAUUUGGUGUACCAUGAGAAAGUGAAAACCAGCCGAGUGUUUCUGCGAGACUGCAGCAUGGUGUCUGUGUACCCUCUCGUGCUGUUUGGGGGAGGCCAGAUCAAUGUGGAACUCAGGAGAGGACAGUUUAUCAUCUCUCUCGAUGAUGGGUGGAUUCAGUUUGCAGCUGCCUCCCAUCAGAUUGCUGAGUUGGUCAAAGAGCUUCGCUGGGAACUGGACCAGCUGCUGGAGGAUAAGAUCAAGGAACCCACUAUGGAUCUGUGCACUUGCCCACGAGGAUCACUUAUCAUCGACAUGAUUGUGAAGCUUGUAACGACCCAGUGACGACACAGCUAAAGCCACACAGGACAGAUCUUUAAUAUCUCAUCUUAAAGAAGGUGCCUGCAGCAGUUCAAAGCUCUCUCUUCCAUGCUGAAGUGUUGGUCCCUGUUUGUGCUGAGUGGGACUCAAACACACAACCCUGAUACUCAGACAAGACUUCUAAUACUGAACUAUUGUUGAGUUGUGAUUUGCAGUAGCACAAUUCAAGAAGGAAGGGGUUUGAAAUGAACAAGGUAGAAUAAAUCAAAUCAAAAUAAGUUAUCGCCAUUUGAAAUGUUUUUAUCCAUCUGUUCCUGAGAUGUGAACGUCACUAUCAAAACUGGCAUCUAUUGUCUAUCCCCGAUUGUAUGUCUCUGAAUGGAAGGGGCAGUUGGGAGUCAACCACAUUGGUGGGUCUGGAGCUGCACAUAGGCUAAAGGAAUGGCGAUGACACAUCUUCUCCCUGAAGGACACUGGUGAAUGGGGUGAUUUUUAUAACAAUCCAGUAAUUUCAUGAUUACUAUUGCUGAGAUUAAAUUUUUCUUGAAAUUCCCUGCAGCCAUAGUGGAUUUCAAGCUUGUGUUCUUGGAACAGUUGUCCAGGUUUCUGGAUGUUAUUCCAUUAACCUAACCAUCUUAAGUGCUCCUUAGAUUAAGUGUCCUAACGCUAGGCGGUUAUGCCCAAUGUUCGACUAUUUCAAAACAAAUCAAGUUGAUUGAGGCUUAAUGCUCAAUUUAAGCAAUUACUCCCAGCCUCCACCUCAUCAUCCUUUUCUCUCCUGCACAUGGAUGAAGUCUGCAUAGACAUUAGGCCCUUUCAUAUCUUUGUUAAAAUAAAGUGACCACUAGUCGUGUCCACUUAAUAGAGAUAUGAACCAUAUCUUUAAACUAAGGGUAAAUCAACCUUUCAAAGCUUAAGAACAGGGGUGAAAACUGAAUCAACAAGGACCAUAAGUUUCCUAACAAUAUUCUGUCAUUAUGAACAGUAAAUAACAUUUUGGAAUGGUUCACCAGGGUUGUUAUUGCAAUAUUUGUUAUCAUUUACUUGAAACCUAUAUUCUAGUUUUGUUCCUUCUCCCCUACCUCAUUCCCCAAUCUUGAUUGCUAUUUUAGCAACUCCAUCAGCAGAUCAAGAUUUCAGUGUACACAACGAGCAAGCUCCCUGCUGAUUAUAGGGCAUUUGGCUUAAAUUAUGGAAUAAUUACUGUACAUCAAAACUGUUUCAGAAGGGAAGGGAAAGUUUGUUGAGAUUGCCCCUAAAUGCAUCACCAGGACAUCUGAGAAAAACAAUUCACUGCUGGGAUAGAUCAUGUUGUGUAAUCACCCAGAACUUUUUAACCACUUGCAGAUAUGUCAAUAUAUGCCAGAGGAAUAACAGUGGCAAAGUGGCGCAGCUAGUAGAGAUGCCGCACAGCUCCAGUAACCAGGGUUCAAUCCUGACCUUAGGUGCUUUAGGUGUGGAGUUUACAUGUUCUUCCUUUGGUCACCAGAAUUUCCUUUGCAUACUCCAGUUUCCCCCCAUAUCCCAAGAACGUGCAGGUUAGUAGGUUAAUUAGCCACUGUAAGGAUAAGUGGUAGAAUCUGGAGUGGAGGGGUGGGGGGGACUGUGAUUUCUUUUUUAAUGUAGAUCAUUGGGUAAUUAAGUUUUGAUUCAGCCAGAAAGACCCUACAAUCCUUCCAUUGCAGCAUCUAUCUGUGCCUUUAGUAUUGAAGUUUUUGCCUUUGCUCAUUUAAAAGUCCAUGUUCAUUAGAACAUAAGAAAUAGGAACAGGAGUAGGCCAUCUGGCCCGUUGAGGCUGCUACAUCAUUCAAUAAGAUCAUGGCUAAUCUGGCUGUGGACUCUACCUGCCUUUUCCCCAUAACCCUUAAUUCCCCUACUAUGCAAAAAUCUCUCUGACUGUGUCUUAAAUAUAUUUAAUGAGGUAGCCUCUUCUUCAGUGUGCUGCUUACUCUUUGCAAAGAGAGUUUCAUGUCCAUUUAACUAAUAGUAUCCCUGACAUCAAGAAUCAAACAUUUUUUUUUGUUUUGUACUGCCUGAACAUCACACAUUUCUUACUGUUCAGCAAAGGUCACAAUCGUUCAGUGCAAUCUGACAUGGCUGUAUACAGUUUGGUCACUCUUUCCUCCAUGUUCACAUCCUACUGUGUUGGAUGUAUAGUUGAAUAGUCUUUUGGUUUCUCUGACUGCUGCUGUGGUUGGACUUGUUAAAAGUUAAAUCUAUCCAAGCUGGUAAACUCUUAUACUGGUUAAAUGUCUGCAUUAUUGAAGUUAAGGAGGUUCGUCAUAGUCUUGUCUUUCUAAAGUUGUCCUGACAGCUAUUUAUUAUUGCACAUAAUUUUCAAAUUUACUUGUGAAAACUCACUCCAUUAGUUUAGACCACAUUGAAGCUAAUAAAUUUGCAGAUAGCUAUGCUGAUUUAUAACCCUGUCUGAUGCUAAAGGGAUGUAUUCAAGGUGAGAGGGCGUAAGUUUAAAGGAGAUGAGUAGGACAAAAUUUUUUUGAGGGUGGUGGGUGCCUGGAAUGCACUGCCUGGGGUGGUGGAGGUAAAAUGAUAGGGGCAUUUAAGAGGCUCUUAACUAGGCACAUGAAUGUGCAGUGAAUGGAGGGUUAUGGGCAUAUGGAUAUUAUUAAUUUAAUUAGUUCAGUACAACAUUGUUGGCUGAAGGGCCUGUUCCUGUGUUGUACUGUUCUAAGAUACCAUCUAAGAAUAUUUAGUAUUUUGUGCUCACUUUUCUAUGCUCUUGUAUUUUGUACUUUUUCUCAACUCUCCUAUCUUUUGGGGGGCCUUUAGUGUCUCACUCUGCCCUUCUGACCACUAGAUCUAUGUCCAAAGUGAACCAUUCUCCAUUUUCCCUGAAAGAUUUGCAAGAUCAUUUUCCCUUCUUUAGAAUUUGCCUCUUAAUUUCAGUGCUGUUCAGAGACUUGGAUGUGCCUGCAUGCCUCUGCUGAGGUGUUAAACAGCACUUUCCAAUCCAUUAUAGCUACAUGUUGGGAACAAACCCCCAAAAACCAUGUUCAUACAGUACAUUUUUCAACUGACAAAUAUUUUGAAUUAGAUGGGCUUCAAACAUCAAUGUAA